CUCCGCCCGCGCCGGGCCCCUCGGAGCGGGGCGGAGCGGCGCCUCGCCGGAGCCCAGAGCAGCGGGGCCAUGGAGGGAGCCGACAGCAGCGGGUUCCUGCCGCGCUUCGCCCACUUCGCCACGCAGGCCAUCCACGUCGGGCAGGAGCCCGAGCAAUGGCGCUCCGCCGCUGUGGUGCCGCCGCUCUCGCUCUCCACCACCUUCAAGCAGCAGGCGCCGGGGCAGCACGCGGGUUUUGAUUAUAGCCGGAGUGGGAAUCCUACCCGAAAUUGCCUGGAAAAGGCUGUAGCAGCGCUGGAUGGAGCUAAAUAUUGUUUAGCUUAUUCUUCUGGCUUAGCUGCUACUGUGAAUAUUACUCACCUGUUAAAGGCAGGGGAUACAAUUAUCUCUACGGAUGAUGUCUAUGGGGGUUCAAACAGGUAUUUCAGGAAAAUAGCCAUGAAAAUGGGUUUGAACAUCAUUUUUGUUGACUGUACAAAAUUGGAAUGCCUGGAAGCUGCAAUUACACCAGAGACCAAGCUUGUUUGGAUUGAAACGCCUACAAACCCCACACUGAGAGUCAUUGAUAUUCAAGGUUGUGCAGAUGUAGUACAUAAGCAUAAAGAUGUUCUUCUAGUAGUAGACAACACUUUUAUGUCUUCGUAUUUCCAGCGUCCUUUAUCUUUGGGGGCUGAUAUGUGCAUGUAUUCUGCAACCAAAUACAUGAAUGGGCACAGCGAUGUCAUAAUGGGACUUGUUUCAGUUAAUUGUGAUGAUCUCUAUGAAAGGCUCAAAUUCUUACAAAACUCUCUUGGAGCUGUUCCGUCUCCUUUUGACUGUUAUCUGUGCAAUCGUGGUUUGAAGACACUGCAAAUCCGGAUGAAGCAACAUUUCCACAAUGCAUUGGCUGUUGCUCGAUUUCUUGAGUCAGAUUCCCGUGUGGAGAAAGUCAUUUUCCCUGGACUGCCUUCACACCCUCAGCAUGAGUUGGUCAAGCGGCAGUGUACUGGCUGUCCUGGGAUGGUAACCUUUUAUAUUAAGGGAAAUCUUGAACACGCCAUUACUUUUCUCAAGAAUUUAAAGGUUUUUAUACUGGCUGAGAGUCUAGGAGGAUUUGAAAGCCUAGCAGAGCAUCCGGCCAUCAUGACUCACUCUUCAGUGCCUAAGGAAGAUAGGGAGGCUCUUGGAAUCAAUGAUACAUUAAUUCGUCUAUCAGUUGGAUUGGAAGAUGAAGAAGAUUUACUGGAAGACCUAGAUCAAGCUCUGAAAGCUGCAUUCUAGGUUCCUUUCCCAAGUAUCCUGUUUGUCUGCUACAGAACUUCACUUCUGGAAAGUUAGAAACUUCUGAUUUCCAAAAUCUAAACAUAUUCCUAACCUGUUUAUAUCCACUUGAUCACACAUUGCUCCCACACAGGCAAGCAUGUUGCUGCCCUACCACAUGAUGAAAAGGUUUCAUCAGGGCAGCGUGCUCUCCGCCGUGCCAUGGGAGAUGUUCUCCCUGCCGAGAUAGGUGGGGGGGAGGGGGUCAAAGAGAAUGAGAGAGGCACCAGAUAAAUCAAGGACUGCAGCAAAGCACAUGCUUAAGAUGGGUUUCAGCAAAUGAUGCAAUAAAAUUUAAUAAAUAACCACACUGUAAAAACAUGAGUUUCCUUCUUCCCUUCUUCCAGUUUGUGCUCCCAUACUGUUGAAGCACCAUAACUCUUGUUGGUUUCUUUUCUUCUGCUGGGGGGGGGGAUUCUGAGGAUUCGUUAACUCCUCAGUAGUCCUCGCAAUGCUUAGUACAGAGUUCAGUGGAAAGACUGAGACAGUCUUUACUCGACCUUGAAUCAGCUCUAAGUCGAUGACAGAGGUAGAAGUAGGUUCAGUACUGUCUUGUUUUCCUGCACCACCUCUGCUGGUAGGUACCAGCAUCCCAAAAAACAAUUAGAAAAAUUAAGGUGUUUGAAAUUCAGUUUUGUCCCUGUUUGAGAGAACAUGGUCUUAUUGGCAGAUAAAAUAAAAAUCUGAGCCCUACAGCAAUUGUAGCAAAUGUAUAGUAGUUUGAUACACUGCACAGCCAGGAGAUUAUUUUUUUCUUCCAUUGGUGAUAUGGAAAGUUAGUAAAAAUUAGCAAUAGUAACUGCAUGUGUUGCUGCAUGCCAGGAUAGGGCACAAAGAUAAUUUGGUGCUACUCUGUAUCAUUCUUAUAUGCCAAAAUUGAGUGGUGCAUGGUUGAUACGGGUGCAUAGUAUAAUUAUCUCAUACUUUUCCUUCUUACUGCAGUUUCCAGAGAAUAAGGCUUUCAA